CACAAGGGCACGUCCCCCUCUCGGAGGAGUCCCGCUCACAACUGCGGCGCCUGCCAAGAGGCAAACCCACCUCGGGCAGCAGCAGCAGCAGCAGCAGGCGAAAGCAAGCAAGCAAGCAAGCAAGCAAGCAGGCAGCCCGCCUCGGCGCUGGGAGAAGCGUGUGCUGGAAGGAGAAGGACGGAGCGAGCAGCGCGCCAGCAGGAGGACUUUGCCCGUCCGCAUGGCCGAGGGAAGGAGGGGAAGCGGCGGCGGCGGCGGCGCCUUGUGCUGGGCGCUCUGGCUGUGGCUGUGCCUGGGGAGCCCGCCGCCUGCGCGCGCCGCCCCGCGCCAAGAGGACACGCUCUACCUGUGGAUCGACGCGCACCAAGCCCGCGUGCUCAUAGGUAAGGCGCCCGGCGGGAGGAGGGGGGGCAAAACAGCCACGGGGUCCGUCCCCCCACGCAACAGUUUUGUGGCAACUGAAAAGACAUCAGGUUGUGGUUGUGGCUGGGGAAACCCAGCCAGAUGGGCGGGGUAUAAAUAAUAAAUUAUUAUUAUUAUUAUUAUUAUUAUUAUUAUUAUUGCUGCUGCUGUUUGGCAAUCGGGUUCAUUAGCAGCACCAAUAAAGUCAUGGGGUUUUUCAUGGGGGGAAAGUUAAAUGAGAGCCUGGGGGGCGGGGCUGGCAUUAGGGUGCCAGGACGUGGUAUGCGAGGAGAAGCAUAGCGUGAAACUCUUCGUCUCAGGGUGGUGGGUUUCAAGCCCCGCGUUAGGCAAAAAAAAAAGUUUUUCCUGCGUUGCAGCGGAGUUUUUCCUGCGUUGCAGCGGGGUCAGGCUAGAUGACCCGGUGGGGUCUCUUCCUACUCUCUCGUUCUGUGCUCUCGCCAUAAACAGUCUGGAAGCUGCGAAAGUCUGCUUGAUCGGAUGCCGGUUUCAUCCAUUCGCAUGAACACCAAACGCAGGAAUGGACGUAGCCGGGAUUUAUGUUGGGGGGGGGGGGACGGACGGACGGACGGAAACCCACCUGCCACCAUCCUCUGCGUGGCUCCGUCUAGCAGCUCCAGAAUGAAUGGCCUCCACAACAGUUGUUCUGAAUUACUUUCUUUUGACUGCAAGUGCUCAGGAAAAAAAUUGUCGAUACCUUUCUGCAAUUUCUGCUUUAAACAUUAUUUUUAUUUAUUUGCUUGGUUUAGGGGAGUGCAGCCGUCCCCCUGCCUGCCCCCUCCCCGCCACACCCCUGGUGCGGAGGCUGCGAGGAGGAGCGUUGGUCUUGCAGUUCCAUCAGCGGAGCGUGAGACUCUUAAUACCAGGGUCGUGGGUUCGAAUCCCGCAUUGGGCAAAAGAUUCCUGCAUUGCAGGGGGCUGGAUUAGAUGACCCUGGGGGUGGUUCCUUCCAUCUCCACCAUUCUGUGAUCUCACCAUAAACACUCUCAUCUGGAAGCGUCGUAAGUCUGCCUAAUUGGAUGCCAGCUUCAUCCGUUCACAUUAAAGCUGGUCAUAGGUCUGUCCAGCGCCACUAGGCAUCCAAGUCUGUUUGCAGAGCGAUCCUAUGCUCAGUUUACUUGGAAGCAAGGCAGUGCUGGAACGAUGAAGGGGAAAGUGGGUGGGGAGCCUUAAUGAAACCUGUCAGUCCCCUCCUGAUUCACCCGCCCACCUCCAAAGUUUAGCCCAAUCUGUCUCUCCUAAACAAAGUUCUGGAAAUGAAGCUAAGGCAGCCAUCACAAAUAAUAAUAAUAAUAAUAAUAAUAAUAAUAAUUUAUUAUUUAUACCUCGCCCAUCAGGCUGAGUUUCCCCGGCCACUCUGGGCGUCUUCCAAUCGAGUGUUAAAAACAAUACAGCAUUAGAUAUUAAAAACUUCCCUGAACAGGGCUGCCUUCAGAUGUCUUUUAAAGAGAAGAUAGCUGCUUAUUUCCUUCACAUCUGUAGGGAGGGUGUUCCACAGGGCGGGCGCCACUACCGAGAAGGCCCUCUGUCUGGUUCUAAGGGGGCUAAAUUGCCCUCUGCCCGUCUGGUAGUUCUGAUUAAUUUCCACUGUAUUAAGUGGGAUUUACUCCCCCAUAAAUGUGCAUAGGAGAGAGAGAAGCAGCAGCCCAUGAGCUUGUGCCGAAUUCUUUAAAUGUUCCAGUUCUUAUAUGUGCCCUGGAAAAAAAAAGGGAAGGGGCUGAAGAGGGAGAAAUCUCAGGGCCUCUUCAUCUGUGCCACAUUUUCUGCACGGUAAAGCACUUCUGUGCAGCUCAAGGAGAAACAGGGGGCGGGGAGAGAGCAACUAGAUCAUGUGCGAUGAUUGCACAAGUGCAUCUCCCCCCCCCUCACCGAAAGCAUGACGGUGCUCCCACUCACAUGGACCUGUUGCAAAGCGUCAGUGCGCUGUGGCCAAUUGUGGCUCCCUUGCCUGUGUACGCGAAGGUAUGUGUGCAUCUGUUAUCACGCAUGGCGAUCUGUAUAAGGUUUGCCCCCUUUUCCCUCCAAAGAAGUGCUUUCCGUGUAGGAAAUUUCAGAAGCGACCCCCCCCCCCCCGGAGUCUUGCCUGCCUGCGAAAGCUUCAGUGAAAAAAAAACAUUUGCUUUUCAUCCUCCAUUACAAUUAAUCUCCCACCUGUUUUGAGUUAAUUGGUUUUGUUUUACAGGCUUUGAAGAGGAUAUUCUUAUUGUUUCUGAGGGGAAGAUGGCCCCCUUCACCCACGAUUUCAGAAAAGCCCAGCAAAGGAUGCCUGCCAUCCCGGUCAAUAUUCACUCUAUGAAUUUCACCUGGCAAGCAACUGGAAGGGUAGGUAGAGUCUGGGAUUGGGAAAAGUUGGCAAAGAGCAGCGCAACUUCUGACCGGUGAGGGGAGAAGAGCUGCAUGUUUAACCGGAGCAAAUAUUUAGUUUAUGAAAAUAUUCGCGGAAAAUAUUUCAGUGAUGUGCCAAAAAAUCACUACAAAGUGGUUCCUUGAAUCACCUGUCAUAAGAAAUAUUAAUAAAUCACAUCUAUGACACGCACAAGUAUACAGUGUUCUCUCUCUCUCUUCCUCUCCAUCUUCUAUGAAACUUUGUUCCUAAAGUGGAAAAUAGCUCACAAUCUCAUUCAGAAAUUAUCAGGUGUAUAUGGAAAGGUGCUGAAAACAUGACACACACACACACACACACACACACAACUAGAAUGUUUAGCAGGCAAAAUACUCAGCGGCCCAGAGCUUUGUAAGAUAGCUGAUCUUAUGCUUUAUAUAACACUCCAUACUUGGAAGCAUUUAACAAUUACAUUUGCCAUUCAUAAGGUGCUUUUCCAGUGCACAAGGCCCUUCAUGUUGUUGUUGUUGAGUCGUUUAGUCGUGUCCGACUCUUCGUGACCCCAUGGACCAGAGCGCACCAGGCACUCCUGUCUUCCACUGCCUCCCACAAUUUGGUCAAACUCAUGCUGGUAGCUUCGAGAACACUGUCCAGCCAUCUCGUCCUCUGUCGUCCCCUUCUCCUUGUGCCCUCAAUCUUUCCCAACAUCAGGGUCUUUUCACGGGAGUCUUCUCUUCUCUUCUCAUGAGGUGGCCAAAGUAUUGGAGCCUCAGCUUCAGGAUCUGUCCUUCCAGUGAGCACUCAGGGCUGAUUUCCUUCAGAAUGGAUCGGUUUGAUCUUCUUGUAGUCCUAGGACUCUCAAGAGUCUCUCCUCCAGCACCAUAAUUCAAAAGCAUCAAUUCUUCAGCAAUCAGCCUUCUUUAUGGUCCAGCUCUUACUUCCAUACAUCACUACUGGCCCUUCAUGUAAAUAAUAUUAAUCAUCUUUGCAAGUCGCCUGUAAUAAAUCAGGAUGGGGGGCAGACUGCACAGCUUCAGGUAGAGGUGGCCAGUUAGGAUAAAUGCUACUGAAGUAGAUUGGCUAAUUAUUUGACUUAUGAAGCCUAUUGCUACCCACCAUUACAGAUCUGAGCUUGGAGCUGAGAAAAAGUGCCUUGCUUAAAGCUAUCUAGUGAGUGGCAGAGGCAAGCUUUGAAGCUCUUGCUGCUUCAGUCUCAUACUGCACCAUCCUACCCAUGCAUGUUUAAUCAUACAAUCUUAGACCCUGUUGGGUCAUCUAGUGCAAUGCAGGAAUCUCAGCUAAAGCAUCCAUGACAGAUGGCCACCCUGCCUCUGCUUAAAAAUCUGCAAAGAAAGAGGAUCUAUCACCACUCGUGGGAGUCUGUUCCACAAAUCGAAAGCAAGCCCCACUGUCUUCAAUGGGGAUUACUUGCAGGAAAAAGCACACAUAGAAUUGUGACCUUACUCGCUAAGUUGCGCUAGCUCUUAGAAUUCAGUGCUGUUACCUGUCUGCUUCAAUAUGGCAUCCAUAGAUAAAAUGAAGACCUUCAACCUUUACUAUGCAUUUGAUAUGUUUGUACCAAGGGAGGUACUAUGAGACAACUACUCUGCCCAGGCAAAUUUGCAAAGCACUGUUUGCAAAUGAUUGGGGCACUGGCAUCUGUACACCCGGCAAACCUCUACAAAUUGUGUAGGAAUGCCUGGUAUGAACACGCACAUGUGCAGUUUGACAUCAUGACAACAUAUGGUGAAUCUGCAUACAAGCCUUAAGGGCACUGGGGAAAAUUCUGGGAACAGACACGUAUUUUUCAGGUGGAAUAAAAAAAGAAGAAAUCGUCCAAACAAUUAAUAAGCACAUUGUUUGCAAUGGUUGGAUCCAUGUUAAGUUAGUAACACUUCUGAUCUAUUGAUAUUGUCAGGGAACUGACAUCGGAGCUAGAGGCGGAGGGAAGGCUCUCCAAUGAUGCUGGAGAAGGGCCCAGCAGGGAGAGAGGCAGCUCAGCAGAGGGGGAAGCAAUUCAGCGCAACACCAGGAAUAAAGGGGGGCAGAUGGGGGAAUCGGCGAGAGGGCUCCCGGACUCUUCACCGGACACCAGCGGGGAGAGCACGGGUCCUCCGCUACCCACGCCCUCCCUGCGCAGAAGACUUCCGCGCAGAGAGAGUAGGAGGAGACUGGGUGUCAAACAACUUUUAUGUUGGAAAAGUUUUAAGAAACGCCCACUGACGGAUUCUGCUAGCGACUGAGGCAGCCACGAAGUGAAGGGCUGUCCAGACUGAAAGGCAACAAAGCCAGGAGAGGCGGCAACUUACGCACGAGCAACCCAUACUCAUUACAGAUAUCAAUGGGGGAAGCCAGUUGUGCUUAAUGGAAGUCUCAUUGAUUCCAAGUGCAUCUAAAGCAUGGCUAACAUGCAGUAUAAUCUUAUGCACAUUUACUCAGAGGUAAGCCUCACUGUGUUCAGUAAGACCUGCUCUUUACUAAAUGUGUUUAGGGUUGCAACUUGGAUCUGGAGCUAAUUGAGAAUCGGCUCAAGAAGCAGGAUGUUAUUUAAAUGGGAUGCACAUAAGAUUGGCUGAUCCUUUUUUUUUUUUCUUAAUGAAGAAAGGCAUUUAUCUCCUUCCCUUUUAAGCACUCUCAUUCUUUUAUGAUUCCUCUAAAGCAAAUGAGCAACCAUCUCAGUGAGCUUUCAUGCAUUCUGAUAUCACCAUCCAUUUCAACAGGGUGUGACAUAAUUCUCAUAGUUCUUCUAUAACGUUCUGCUCUAAGUUCACUUUUUCAUGUGGAUCCCCUGCCAAAUGUCCAUCAAGUUAAUUCAAUGGAUUCACAUGUCAGUGGGCUUGGACACACAAGAGCAUGAGAUGAAGGCUAGCUAGGUUGAGGAACAGCACGUUUAUUUUGGGACUGCCUCGAUUCAUGUUCAUUUUUUGUGAGCGUUGAAAAGCACAAGCCAUUUCUGGCAAUUUCAGAUACUUGUUGCAGACAUAAUUGCUCUCCUGGACACCAUCUUGCUUCUCCUUUGCGCUCUAGCGUUUUGUGCAACAUGGAAGCCAUGCCAUGCUGAGCUGCUGCCUCCCCAUGCCAUGCAUACUGGGAAGCCAUGUCCCUGCCAUCUGUGCACAUAGCAUAAAUGUCUGUAGGGAAGAUAUUUGCAUGCACAGCUAUGCAUGCAAAUGCCAGGAGAGGGUCUCUUAGUACACAGAGUGCCAGGAGUGAGGCCAAAUGGCCUGCACAUCCUACACUGAGGUAGCUCAGUUGGGUAGGACAUGGUGCUAAUAACACCAAGGUUGCAGGUUUGAAUCCCGUAUGGAACAGCUACAUUUUCCUGCAUUGCAAGAUGUUGGAGCUGAUGAUCCUCUGGUCCCUUCUGACUCUACAAUUCUGUAACUGGCAGCAGCUCUCCAGGGUGGCAGACAGGAGUCCUUGCCAGUCUGUCUCAAGAAGCUGGGAAUUGAAUUCUACAUGCCAAGCAGAUGUUUUCACCACUGCACUAAAGCUGCUCCCCUAACCUCUGAAUGAGACUUCUGUCUAGGAUCAUUGCUAUCACACUUCUAAGUUUCCCACGAAUGAGUAUUUUUCUGCUUCAUUUCCACAAUCUGGUGAGGACCCUUAGAAGUCUGUUGAGAAGGAGCCCUACUUUGUGCUCUUUCUUUAUUUCACAACAUUUAGUAAAGGUAAAGGGACCCCUGACCAUUAGGUCCAGUCGUGGCCGACUCUGGGGUUGCGGCACUCAUCUCGCUUCAUUGGCCGAGGGAGCCGGCGUACAGCUUCCGGGUCAUGUGGCCAGCAUGACUAAGCCGCUUCUGGUGAACCAGAGCAGCGCACGGAAACGCCGUUUACCUUCCUGCUGGAGCAGUAUCUAUUUAUCUACUUGCACUUUGAUGUGCUUUCGAACUGCUAAGUUGGCAGGAGCUGGGACCGAGCAACAGGAGCUCACCCCGUCGUGGGGAUUCGAACCGCCAACCUUCUGAUCAGCAAGUCCUAGGCUCUGUGAUUUAACCCACAGCGCCACCUGCAUCCCAUUUACAUGCCACUUAAUUGUAAUAAAACCUCCAAGCGGUUUGCAGAAAUGUUUAUGGGUUAUCACUUGGGUCUCCCAUGCCAACCCGAUGCUCUCAUGAUUAUAAUUUCAGGAGCAGUGCAAAACAUUUUCUGUUUUCCCAAGCUCUUAAAUGAGAGCAGUUUAAUCUCCCUGCCUGUUUGAACGUUGCUAUAAUUUGUUGUGUUAGUUUGUAGGUUUUAUUUUCUAUUUUUAUAAAUAAUUUUAAGUAUAUUUAUAUUACUUCAAAAAUGCAGAAAAUUUACAGGAUCUCAGAGUGUAAGCAGUAGAAACAGAAAAAUAUACUCACAUACAUGAAUACAGUAACUCUUUAAAAGUGAGAGUUUGGUAAUGAAAAAUAGAAAAUGUUGGGCACAGAGAUCAUGUGAGACUGAUCAGAUUGAUGCUAGCAUAGAGAAAUAUGAGAAAUAGUUGUGUAAAAGGCAAGGUAUUCAAAACAUAAGAAAGAAAAGACAAACGGUUGUAAAUUGUCCUGAAAUUUGUUGUUCCAGUAAUUUACAAUAAAGACCAUUUCUUCAGUCAAAUUGUUGUCUUAUGAAUUUUAUAUGUUUCACCUGGCCACGGAGAAGAAGGGGGGUUUUGUUAACGAAGCAGUUUCCCAAACUUUCUUUAAUUAUUCUCUGAUACCUUCUAAUAUUGUCCAUAGCUACUAAUGGUUAAACAGAACACAAAAGGUGCACCGGCUUGUAAAAUUUUGGUUUUUAAAUAACACGGAAGAGCCACUUUGAGAUUGGGUAUAAAAUGGUAACCUCUUGUAUAAUAGAUGAAAAAAAUUGUCCAAAAAAUAUGCAUGCAAUCUGCCUUUGAUGCUUGCCAUCACCAACAUAAAUCUGAGGCUGAGUGAUACAUUUUGCUUCGUUUACACAGAAUGAAGUGCCACUGGUAGAUAUUUUAAAACAGUUUUCCUCUGGUUUGUCAUUAUUAAUACUGAUGGGACAUUACUGAGCAAUCAAUUCCGUUCUUGUUUUCACAUAAAGCUUAGACUCUUUGAGUCUUUCCCCCAUUUUUUCGGCAAAGAUGUUUGCUUGUGAUCCAGUUUUUUUUGUCAGAUAGGAAACCAAACAUUUUAUGGACCAGUCUUUUAGUAUUAGGGUUGAUAAUACAGUUCUUUAUCACUGGCUUUUCAUGAAGGCGGCUGCAUUUAGUUAUCAAAUGGAUGUGCCAAAUUUGAAAAACUGCCGCUAACCUUCUAGUGGAAUAACAAGAUCAUUGUGAUUACAUGACCAUUGAUUAUCCACCUGUAGAUUGAUAAAAUCAUUUUUUGAUGUGAAACUGAAAAAACAUCUCAUACAUUGUGAUGAGGUUUUUCUAUUCACGUCUUAAAUAUUACCAAGAUAAGCAGUGAUAAUUCAGGACUUUAGUGCUGUUGACUAUAGGCUUACGUAUUGAACACUGUGGUUUAAACUGUAUUAGCUCUGAGAAGUUUCCCCUAAAAUGCCAUUGUCCUAUUUUCCAUUUUUAUUAAGUUCAAUGGCAAAUAACAUUAAGAGACUGAGUAACAUUACAACGUUAUUACAAUGGAGACUGAAUAAAAAUGUGUUGUUCGAUUAAUCAUUUUCUGAUACUAUCAGACAAGCACUAUAAAAUACUUUCAAUAUAAUAUUACUUGAUGUGUUGAGUUGACAUAAUUAGGGUGCAUGAGAAAUGAACUUGGGAGGGAUAAUUUAAAAACAGAGUUACUGUGUCCAGUUCUGGGCACCACUGUUUAAAAUAAGGAUAUGGACAAACUGGAACAUGUGCAGAGCAGAAUGCCUAAGAUUCUAAAGGAUCUGGAAAAGAAGCCUUAUGAGGAAUGGUUGAGGGAGUUGGGUAUCCUUAGCCUGAAGAAGAGAAGAAUGAGAUGUGAUACCUCAGAUGGGUGGGCUAUAAAUAAAUUAUUAUUAUUAUUAUUAUUAUUAUUAUUAUUAUUAUUUGAGCCAUUUUCAAAUAUCUGAAGGGUGUCACAUGGAGGAUGGAGCAAGUUUGUUUUCUGCUGGUGCAGAGGGUAGGACCCAAACCAAAGGAUUCAAAUUUCAAGAAAGGAGAUUCUGCCUUAACACGAUGGAGAACUUUCUGGCAGUGAGAGCUGCUUGGCAACGGAACAGGCUACAUCAGUGGGUUUGUGGACUCCCCUUCAUUGCAGGCUUUUAAGCAAAGGUUGGAUGGCUAUCUCUUAGGGAUUCCUUAGCUAUGAUUCCUGCAUUUCAGGCAGUUUCAUUAGAUAACCCUUGGGGUCCUUUCCAACUCUACAAUUCUAUGAUUAAAUAAUUCCUAGAUUCUGUAUCGAAAACCGCAUUCCACUCAAUCAAAGGUGUGUUUUUUUGUCACCCGAAAUUGCUCAUGAUGCAAAUGGGGUUAUCGCGAUACAAUUUAUAAGUCUUUCUGUUUUUAAUAAAGCAUGCUUGGUCUUAGUCCAUAUGGUAUAUUAUUCUUUAAGUUUUCCAGUGAUAAUUGUCCAUAUUUUAAAGUCCUGGUUGAUGAGUGAUAUUAGAUGAUAGGCGCAGGGUAAUGUGAAUUGUUUCUACUAUCUACAUGUCUGUCUUUGAUUUUUAGGUUAAGCAAUUCAUUUAUUCUACUUGUUUUUAACUACUCUUUAAACUUAUUGUAAAAUUCUGUGGUGAAGCUAUCAGGUCCUCAUGUUUUGAUCUUAUUGGUUCUAAUUACAUCAUCUUCUGUAAAUGGAGCUUCUAGAAUUGUUAAUCUGGUACAGUUAUACUUCGGUAGCUAGGCUGCAGUGAAAAACCUAUUAAUUACUGCUUCAGAAGGAUUCUGUGAUGAGUAAAGAAUCACUGAAAUUGUGCUAUUUCUUGUGCUGUUUUUGAUAUUGUAUAUGUGAUUCAGGGAACUAGUUUCUACUUUUGCUUCUCCUUUAAGAUCACACAUGAAAGUUUAGAAGUCUGUUACAUUUUCAAUUCAUCUUUGAGAAGAUACUUUUAGUUUUCUAGUUUCCAACUUUGCUAGUGUUCACAUUGGCUCCUUAGUAGCUUGUGCAGAGAGGGGCAACCAAAAUCCUAAAGAGUCUGGAAGCCAAGGCUAAUGAGGGAGUUGGGUAUGUUUAGUCUGAAUAAAGGAGACUGAGAGGAGAUAUGACAGCCAUCCUCAAAUAUCUAAAGGGCUGUCACAUGGAAGAUGGAGCAAGCUUGUUUUCUCCUGCUCCAGAGGGUAGGACCCCCAAACCAAUGUAUUCAAGUUACAAGAAAGGAGAUUCUGGCUGAACAUCAGGAAGAAAUGUCUGACAGUAAAAGCUGUUUAACUCUGGAAAGGACUCCCUCAGAAGGUGGUGGACUCUGUUUUUAAGCAGAGACUGGAUGUCUUUACAGUAGUUGAGAUUCUUGCAUUGAACUAGAACCUCAGGGUACCUUCCAAAUCUACAAUUCUAUUAUUUCUAUGACUCUAUAUACUGUUUGAUCCUACUUAUGAAGGUAUACAAGUUCAAUCAUCUAUUUCACUGGCUGCAAUUCUUGCUUAUUCUUAGAAUUCUGAAGCGUUCUGAAUGAUAGUUUUUCUCAUGUAUGAUUUUGCUUAUUGCAGAUAAUGGGCCGAGUUACUUCAGGGAUGGUGUUUAUUUCAAAGAGUUCCAUUAAACGUGGUUAGAAAUAUGAUCUGAAGUUCUCAUUGUAGAGACAGAUAAUAAUACCUCCUCCAGGCUUUUCUCUUAGUCACUGGGCCCUGGUGUGUGCGGUGUUCCUGUUGGGUGGGUAUAAGAGAAUGCAGAGCUGGACAGGUGAAUCCCCAAAGGAAAGAUCCCGGCCCAGGGGGUGCUCCUGUGGUCAGGUAGUGAGGCCUGUAGGACUACAUUUGGCCUCCAGGCCUGAGGUUCCCCAUCUCUUAAUCAAAUGAACAUCUGGGAUAGAUAUGUACCGGUAUACGGGAUGAAUAGAACACCUCUCUCUUCUUGACUAUAUAUUUGAGGUACCGGUCUGACUGCCCAACCACAAACGUCACUCAAGUGCCAUGACUCAAGCUUGAACUGUCUUGUGCUUAGCCAUACUGGGAGGAAAAGAACGGACCCUGUCUCCUGCAGGCGUCUGUUCCUACCAGCCUGGGGAGCUCCCUGUCCCUGGGUCAAGAGCAUGAGGCUCUGUUUGCUGCAAAGCCUCUCUCACCUUUUCAUCCAAGGAAGAUAAUCAGUAGCAUGCGGUGAAAUCUCUUGUAGGGAAACAAUUAGGGCCAGAGGCGAAUGUGGGGGGCCAAUGGCACAUAAAUGGGCAUAGUGCUGCCCUCCCUAAACUAGGUUUUGGGGAGGAGGCACCAGGUCUCUGGCAGGAUGCAGGAGCCCUCCUGCCAGCUUCCCAAAGCAGGGCGGGCUUUGGGAAGGUGACGAGAGAGCUCUUGGACUCAGUUGGAGCAUUGCGCCUCCCUGCCUAAGCUGGGCAGAAGCUUCCUGGGUUUUGGGAAGGAGGCGCCAGACUUUAUUUUAUAUAUAUAUAUAUUUUAUUAAUUUUUCUGUUUUACAAUUUAAAGUACUCGUUUUUACAUCCUUAAGAUAUCAAUGACUUCCCUUCUUCUCUUUCCAUGGUUCAUUUUGCAUAUCAUAAAUCCCUGCAUAUUUUACAAAAACUAUACCAUCCAGUAAUCCAUUGUUACAUCCAUCAAAACUUUUUUACACUGUUGGAAUUUAUCUUAACGCUGCCAGCCUUCUCAGCUGUACACCGUUAUUUCCCAUAUAUUCAAUAGACCUUUUCCAAUCUUCUCUAAACGUAUGUUCUUCUUGUUCUCUUAUUCCAUAUGUUAAGUCUGCAAGCUGUGCAUAUUCUGUCAACUUAAGUUGCCAUUCUUCUUUGGUUGGGGCCUCACUCGCUUUCCAUUUUGGGGCUAACAAAACACAGACCGCAGUAGUGGCAUACAUAAAUAAUAAAAAAGAAAGUACCAGACUUUAAUACUUUAAUACUCUAAUUUACCAGGAAUAUUUAGGGGACUGGCCUAGUCUCCCUAGCCCACUAACAGUAAACCACUGAAGAUAAUACAGCACAGUUGAAACAUUUGUCAGUUUAGGCGUAUUUAAAAUUAUAGGAGAGAUCCAGAAUGGACAGAUCCUUCCACCCUAAAUGAGGACUUUCUAUUAAUAUCUGCUUCUCUGUUGUUUCCAUCCAUUGGUUCCAGUUCUGCCCUCUGAAGCAACAGAGAAUACAUCUGUUACAUCUUCUUUUUGACAGCCCAUCAGAUACUUGAAGGCAGCUAUCAUGCCUGCCACCGAUCUUUUCUUACCUAGGCUAAACAAACCCAACUCUUUCAGCAAGUGUGUAAAAAAUGUCGCCCGACUUGAGUUUCUAUGGACGUGUACAUUAUUUAGAUCAGAAAUCAGUUUGAGGAGAAGAAAGGAAUUUUGACUGCCACGGUUGACCCCUUUUAUCCUAGCCUCCCUCACAAAGGUAAAGGGAUUGUUUAUUAUAAUGCACUGUUGGCACAAAAGGCCGUUGUUCCCUCUCUCCAUUUUUAAAAAUUUCAUCCAGAGGUGCUGUUAACAUUUAAACAAAAGUGUGGCAGUGGGCUUCGGUUCAAAUAUUUGUUCCAAAGAAAGUGUGAACGAACAUAAGCCACCCUCUUCCUUGAGUGGAUUUGGCAUAGGAGUCCUUCCUUUCUGAAGCCACCCUUUCGUUCAUAACAUUUCCCUCAAUGUUUCAUUUUUAUUCCUUGCAUUUUUCUGCCACCGUUUAUCCAACAGCCAACUUCAGCAACAGCACACAGACAGUUAUGGCAGGGGCAGUUGUGCCUGAAUGGUAUGUUCACCGCUUUCCUGUCACCAGACAGGGAGAAAAAAAUAAAAUCUUUUCUGACUUCCAUACUUGAGAGGCAACGUGGAAUGUGAACAUGCUUAUGGACACAAUUAAAAAGGGAAGAAAGAAACGAGGGUCUUUGUAUCAAAAGCGAAGCUCUGAACCUCUAAUAUUUAGAUUCUGCUUCUGCUGUGGUAUUUUGCAUCUCGGUGUUGUGGACCUGCCACCGGAGAUCAAAGCAUCGUGCUGUAGAGAUCCCACUUCAUUUAGCAAGGCAGGCAUGUGCCCGCCAUCUGUUGUAGCUGCUGACAGAAAACAGCAGUAAAUUUCUCAAACUUUUGCCAGAAAAGCUUUAUUGCUCAGCAGAGAUGAGUUACUAGGUACCUUGCAAGCUACAUCUGGUUCGCACAGUCAUUUACAUGGCAUAUCUGUAAACUGCAGAAUUACCCUCCUCUUCUUCUCCCCACCCUCUUCUUCACGGUAACAUAAACCUUUGGCAAAUACUGGCUUCAGUGAGAUUUAGGCAUUUUUGGCGGGCACAUUUCCCAAACCAGUGGGGGAAAGUGCUGUAAACCGGGCGGUGGGGAGGGUGUAGUUGCUUUUCUUGUUUUGGCAACAUUUAGAUUUCAAGGCUUGCAGCCACGGGAGUGAAUGGUAUGAGGGGUAGCCGCACCGGUGCAAGUGAGAGGUGGUGUGGCUGCCACAUUGAACACAGCCUCCUGUGCUUUGCAUAUGCUACAGACGCAAUUCCCUCUUUAAUACCAUUGGCAGACCAAGGUGCAUCAUUGCAUUAGCACAUCGUUCUGCCCAGACACUGAGGUCCAGCGCCGAGCGCCUUCUGGUGCUUCCCUCGCUGCGAGAAGCCAAGUUACAGGGAACCAGGCCGAGGGCCUUCUCGGUAGUGGCGCCCGCCCUGUGGAACACCCUCCACCAGAUGUCAAAGAGAAAAAUAACUACCAAACUUUUAGAAGACAUCUGAAGGCAGCCCUGUUUAGGGAAGCUUUUAUUGUAUUUUAGUGUUUUGUUGGAAGCUUCCCAGAGUGGCUGGGGAAACCCAGCCAGAUGGGCGGGGUAUGAAUUAUUAUUAUUAUAGCACAUGCAACUUUCCAAAGUACCAAGAGGCCAUUAGGAUACCCUGCUGAGGUGACUUCUUGUGGUACUCAUUGUGUGGCACAUAGGAGGGCACCUGCUUGCAGCUGCCAUGGCAACCAUAAGUGACUUCUGCAGGGAUGGAGGAUCAGUCUACCUCUGGUCUGUGUAAAUUUCGAAUGUGUUGAUUCACAAACCCAUUCCAGCUCAUUUCUAUAUUAAUCUGUGAUGAAUUUCAGGCACGAGGAAAAUAUUUUCUUAUUCCAGCAGGCGUUUCAUGAUAGUGUUUUGGUUUAUGUUCAGUUUUAGGGCUUCAUUUUCCAUAUGAUUUAUUUUUUAUGUACCUCACUUAGAAAUACUAAAUGGAAAAUGCUUGCUUUGAUUUUUUGUUUUUGUUGUUUUGCAGUUUUUCUCUAUGUGAUUGUAGGUUCUUUUCCCUUCAUUUGUCAAAGUUUUUUGAGAGAAAAAAUCCAUUUAGUUUUCAAAUGAUUCCCCCCCCCCAGCAUAUACCCGUUUUAAAAAUAGUUUGUAAUAGCAUUUUGUAAAAUUGUAUUCUGCUGUAGCAGUACUUCCUCUGAUAGCAGGUGUGCAAAUGUUACAAAUCACACAAUGGGAAACGAAUAGUAGUUGUAGCACAAUUGAAGCUUAUACUGUAGUUAACAUCACACAGCUAGUGCAAAAACUAAAUAGAAGCAAUAUAGUGUGAGCCACAUAAGAUGGAUAUUAUAAUUUGGAUACCAGCAAUUUAUCCUAAACAUAUUUACAUAAGCCCCUCCUGAAUUUGCAUCCCAAAAUGCACUAAGGACUACUAUCUUAUUGUCAAAAGAGUUCUGAAGACUAGGUACUGAGAGAGUCUAGUUAUCAUUUCAAAAUCCACCCCCUCUGCUAUGGGUUUAGUGGGGUAAUUUAUGGUUUACUACCCAGUAAUCCUAACAAUUCAUCCCCCUGCCCUCUCAUAGUCGUGGGCUGUGAUAAUGGAGUUUGAUCUCCUGUACAUUUCAUCUGCAGAAUGUGUACCACAUGGAUUAAAGUAUAUACAUCAAAAACUCCAAGCUUGAGUCAGACAAGAACCACUGUUUCAUCAUCUUAAAUGAACAGAGAAUAAAUGUAGUUCUAUUUAAAAAACGAAACCCCAUCCAUGUAGAUUUGUCAAGUGGUAGCUUGAUACAAGUUUUUAGUUAUUUGAAUGUUUACGAGAACCCUAAACUGACUUUUUGUGUUCAAAUAUUGAUAGUCUAUAAGAAUGAUAAUAAAGUAGCUUUUAUGAUGAAUGUAUCGAAGACAAAUGGAUAGAACUUUUGCUUUCAAUGCCUUUUCUCUAUUUCCUGUUCAGAAGGUAUGGUCUUUGUUCCAUAGGCUUUUUCUGGCCCACUGUCCAAUCUUUCAUGGCCCACAAACCUGCCCUUUCCCAGAUCAGUCAAGCAGUGGGGUGGGGGGUGGGGAAAUGGGGCAGGGGGCUUCAGAUAAACAUCAACUUAUUUCUGCAGUCUGACUCCAUUUUCAACACUCACAGCUGUUCUCCAAUCAAGUGAGCUUGUGGCUGAUGGGAGUUGCAAUCCCACAACAUUCAGAGAGCACCAUGUUGGCUGCUCCAGAAUAUAUACUAACUGUGAUCUCCGUUCUCCAACUGCCCAUUCUUAUGCAGCCAAAAUGCCAACAUUCAUGCACAAGGGAAUGGAAACACCAGCAGGCUUGGAAAAACACCAAAGUAAGGCAUUUCCAGGGAAGCGGGUGGCAUUGUGGGUUAAGCCACAAAGCCUAGGGCUUGCCGAUCAGAAGGUCAGUAGUUCGAAUCCCCACGACAGGGUGAGCUCCCAUUGCUUGGUCCAUGCUCCUGCCCACCUAGCAGUUCGAAAGCACACCAGUGCAAGUAGAUAAAUAGGUACCGCUCCGGCCACAUGACCCGGAAGCUGUACGCCGGCUCCCUUGGCCAAUAAAGCGAGAUGAGCACCGCAAUCCCAGAGUCGGUCACUACUGGACCUAAUGGUCAGGGGUCCCUUUACCUUUACCUUUAUUUAUUUUUUUAUAAAAUAUUUAUUGAAAUUUUCAAAAUAUUACAAAAUAAAAAUAGAAAAAAGAAAAAUACAAAAUAAAAAUAGUUAAAAACAACUCAAUCUUUCCAUUACUUAUUUUUCAUUGGCUUAUUUCCCGGACCUCCUCACGCCUCCCUUUUUGUAUUCCAGUUCGGUUUGUUGGUUCAGCAAAUCCUUCCCUCUUUGUUUAUCCAAAUCUUAAAUCUUAAAAUAUUGUAACGUUAAAUUUUUACCUGUUAGUAAUCCAUUUUUCAUAUUCCCUUAUAGUAUUACAGCUAGAAACCACUUACUUUCUAUCCAACAUCAUUCUAACAUUCAUUAAUUUUACAAUAUUUCUGUAAAUAGGCUUUAAAUUUCUUCCAAUCUUCUUCCACCGACUCUUCUCCCUGGUCUCAGAUUCUGCCAGUCAUUUCCGCCAGUUCCAUAUAGUCCAUCACCUUCAUCUGCCAUUCUUCCAAAGUGGGUAGAUCUUGUGUCUUCCAAUACUUUGCAAUGAGUAUUCUUGCUGCUGUUGUAGCAUACAUAAAAAAAGUUCUGUCCUUCUUUGGCACCAAUUGGCCGACAAUGCCCAGGAGAAAGGCCUCUGGUUUCUUCAGGAAGGUAUAUUUAAAUACCUUUUUCAUUUCAUUAUAGAUCAUCUCCCAGAAAGCCUUAAUCCUUGGGCACGUCCACCAAAGGUGAAAGAAUGUACCUUCAGUUUCUUUGCAUUUCCAACAUUUAUUAUCGGGCAAAUGAUAAAUUUUUGCAAGCUUGACUGGGGUCAUGUACCACCUGUAUAUCAUUUUCAUAAUAUUCUCUUUACCUUUACCUUUAAGGCAUCUUCAGAACUGCCCCUCUUUGGUGGAAACCUCAAAAUAGUUCAGUGGGGAUGCUCAGGGAGCAUGGAGUGCUGGCUGAAUGUUGGGGGAGACCAGAAAACUGGCAAGGGUGGAGGGAGGGAGGGAGGGGAAUGGAAUGUAGUAUCCUAGAAUAGGGCAGGUUUUCAUCUAGCCAUUCAUGAAAAGGAUUACACUUCAGUGAAUAUUUACUCACAGGUCCUUUCAGUCUUCUAGUGCUAUCAGAAGCUCUUUAAAGUCUCACGAAAUGCUGAGGAGCUUGCAAUGAUUUUGAGUCACCAUAUCCUCCCCUCAAUUUUCUUCCGACUCGCAAGCAGACAGAAACAUGCAGUAUCCAGACUAGUUGGCAUAUUUCAAAAGUUGGUUUUUUGGCACGAAAUAAAUGGUCUUCCUUUUCAAACGCACAUUCAUUCCUCCAUGUCUGGAGUUUUCACCUUGAGAAACAGGCUUUUUCCAUCUUUGAGAUCAUUUGCUGAAACGCAGCUUGUUUCUGGAUUUGACUAUUAUAUUUAGCCGGGGGGGGGGGAGGCUGGCUUAUGGGAUUGUUGCCUCGAAGGCAAGGAUGGGGAACAUGUGGCUCUCCAGAUGUUACUCUGCUAUAACUGCUCUAAUUCCUGACCAUUGGGCAAUACUGGCUGGCACUGGUGAGAGCUUUAGAUCAACAACAAUUGGUUGCCUAUCUCUGCUCUAAGAGCCACUUUACACAAUCAUGUUUCUUGAGUGCUGACUACAGCUAUCCUAAACAACAAAGAGCCUUGUGACACCUUAAAGUCUUAACACAUUUGCUAUGACACAAGCUUUUGUGGAUUACUGUCCUCUUUAUCAGAUGUAUGAAACAUUAUCCUGAGUUGCAGGUACUGUAUAUGCAUGCAUGGUUAGGGUGUGUCAGAGGAAAAUGAAAUACUCAGUAGUACAAACAGUGAUAAUUAGAUGCUUAAAGGUAAAGGGACCCCUGACCAUUAGGUCCAGUUGCGGACGACUCUGGGGUUGCGGCGCUCAUCUCGCUUUAUUGGCCGAGGGAGCUGGCUUACAGCUUCUGGGUCAUGUGGCCAGCAUGACUAAGCCGCUUCUGGCAAACCAGAGCAGUGCACAGAAACGCCGUUUACCUUCCUGCUGGAGCGGUACCUAUUUAUCUACUUGCACUUUGACGUGCUUUUGAACUGCUAGGUUGGCAGGAGCAGGGACCAAGCAAUGGGAGCUCACCCCGUCGCAGGGAUUCGAACCACCGACCUUCUGAUCAGCAAUCCCUAGGCUCUGUGGUUUAACCCACAGCGCCACCCGUUAUUGAUGCCAUAGACCAGAGACAUCCAACUCCCAAUAGACUGCGAUCUACUCACAGUAUAAAAAAACUGGCAGUGAUCUACCCAUUGUCAUUGGAUGGACCAAAGUUGUUGAGCAUUUUGGGGAAAGGCAAAAUUGUUGAAGCAACAGUUGUCCUCCCCCCUUUUUGGGUGGGAGAUCACUGAGGGGCCAAAGAUAUACCAGGAUCUACCAGGAACAGUAUAUCAUGAUCUAUCUGUUGGACAUGCCUGCCGUAGACAGUCUGGCAUUGGUAAGACAAUUAACACAUACAAUAUGCUGAAAAUCCUUUGCCUCAGUUCUGUCUACAAGUGAUAGCAUUGUAAUUCUGUGUGCAUUGUAAUUCAGUGGUUUCAUUUUGCAGUUCCCUUUUGAAGAUUCUUUGUUGUUGUUUUUUAAAGUGAUAUUUAUUGAGAAUUUUAAGAUUACAAAUAAAAAAGAAGGAAAAAACAAGAGAAAGAAAAAAGAAAGAAAAAAGUAGAUAAAAGUAACAAUUAAACAAUACAAAUCAGUAAUAACCAAAGUCAAAAAGAAAAAACAAAACACACAAUACAUCAAAAUCAAAAAACAAAAAUAAACAAAAAAUUUAAAAACAGAUCUAAUAUUCCCAGAUCCUUAACUGUCAUUACCUUAUUUCAUCGACCUCCUCACACCUCCCUUUUUUGUAUUCUGGUUGUUAAUUAUCUCAGCAAAUCCUUUCCAUCUUUCACAAUAUUCUGUCAUUAAAUUACCUUAAUCUAUUUUAACCUUACUUUACCAUAAAAACCCUAAAACUUAAAACUUAAAUCUUAUUUAUACCAAAUUCUCUUAACCAUAACAUAUUCUUACAUAAUUCUUUUAACAUUUCUGCUAAAGCCAAAUAAUUUCAUUCCAACAUUUUUCUAAUACUCAUUAAUUUUACGAUACUUUUCUAAAUGAAUUUUUGAAACUUUCUUCCAAUCUUCAUCCAUCGUCUCUUCUUCCUGGUCUCGGGUUUUGUCAGUCCUUUCUAUCCCAUCCAUCUAGUCCAUCAACCUGGUGACCUUAUGUCCAAGGCUCUUAAGUCUCUUCCAUGUCCCUUCCGCAGGUCUUCUUCAUAUUUAUACCUGUACUUUACUUUGUCUUCUGCUCCUUUCACUCGGGGAGACUCCAGCUUGACAAUAUUUUUGUCCCUUCUCGACAAGUCAGCCCCUUUUCCAUAGUCAACACUGAAGUCCAUGUGGUAUUUAAAGGCAUGUUUCAAGGUCCCUCCAAAGUUAAAGGCCCCCACAACUCCAAGCUCCCCCCGGCCCAAAGCCAGACUUGGGUCAAAACAUCCCUGCAUAGGGGGGUCUAUCCAGCCCCCCAUCUCCAAGCCAAACUGGACUCCAUCUCUCCAAAUCUGACUUUUUCCAGGUUCGUUCGUCGAAUCCAACCACUCAUAUUCCUGCUGGGCCACAGCUCCCUCCAUCUCUGCCACCCGAGGUCCAGAAACAACCUCCUCCCUCAUCUGAUCUGUCAAAACACAUUCCUGGAUUGAUUCCUGAGUGGGUUCUAUAUAGGUACCCACUGCCUGUCCAAAAUUUCCGAUCGCAACAGUCAUCAAAUCCAUCUUCUCAUGUAACUGUUCCAAUAAAGCACUUGUCUUGCAAAAGGCAAGCACCAGAGCCUCCGAGUACAUUCUUGUUCAAGGUCGAAGUCUGGUCCCACGAUCUUAAUCUAUUGCAGCUGCAAAGCUCCCCAGUUCGGUUUUAAUAACAGUUUCAUAAGCUCCCUCUAGGGGAAACAAUUUCUAUUUGUAUCCAUCUUUCUUUCUUUUUUUUUUAAAGCAGAUCUAGCAACAAAGUCUUCCUUUUUCAGAUAUUUUGUCAAUAUUUUGUUCCUUUUAAAUGCGAAGGGGAACAAUGGAAUCAAUAUGUUUCUUUUCUUUUAACUAUCUGUCAAAAACGUUUGUCCAUAGUCAAUGAACUUCCCCAGAACGUCUGUCCUGACACCCCAUUCCCAGGUUCAAGACGGUGGAAAAUUGCCUUUCUUUACUCUCUCUUCUGCAGGUUUAAACAGUCUAAAAAAAAGGUUCCCCCCUCUUCUCCUGCUUCCAAGGGGGGUUCAGUACUUCUAAAUGAUGAAAAAUUGAUCCUUUACAGACGACUUUCUAAACUCUAGCUUGCCGUGUCUUUGCUUCAAUCUAUCUACAAAAGCGAAAGGCAGACUUCCUGUUUAGACCUUCCCGCUUCAGUGCCAAAUUAAAAAAAAUCUCUUAAUCCAAUUUUCCGUUCUACUCACGGGCAGUUGUUUAAAAUCCAAUUGUCCACAGGAAAAAGUCAGCGCUCUCCGGCAACAGCAAUGCGGCUUCACUCCGUGAAAGAAGCAGUCGAUUCAAAGCACCGCGCCACUCACCCCACGUCGCUCCAGAUCCCCGAAACCGGGUUUCCCCGCGAGUAGGGGGGGGUGCAAAGGUGCCAGCCAAAUCCCACGUCCACAGGCUUCUCCCGCCUGUGGUUUUUAAUGGGUCUCCGCCUCGCCGUGGCGGUUCAGACCCUGUUUUCCACGGAGCGGAUUCCUCCCGAUCGGAGGAAAUCCGCCAUUGCCAGAGGCGCCAACCCGGAAGUCCCCCUUUUGAAGAUUCUUUGUUCCAGGAUGGCCACUUAAAUGUCACUUGCAGAAUCUUUGAGAAGGUUGAAAUGUUCCCCCACUGGAGAAUGAAUGUUGUCAUUUCUGAUGUCAGAUUUGUCCUGUGUAGAAUGUAGAAGGACAUUGUGGAGUUCCCUCAGUUACUCUUCAGUGGGAUUUCGGGACAGGGCCCUGUAAAAUGUGGUGGAGAGCUUCUCCUCAUCCUCCUGUAUGUAGUCGGAUGUGUUCCCAGUGAUGACAGAGCCUCGUUUGCUGGUCUUUUAAACUAUGACAAAAGUAUUCUUUCGGAGGCUGUGUGUGGCAUCAUACUUUGCAUGACUGAGAGUAUGUGGUAAAUGAUGCUGAUUGAUGAUUACCUCAGCUUAGUGCGGUGGCUGAAACACUGUCUGUAAAAACUGAACAACAACAACAACAACAACAACAACAACAACAACAACAACUUAUUUAUACCCCACCCCAGACACUCUGGGCGGCUUCCAACAAAAGAUUAAAAAUACAUUAGAACAUCAGUCAUUAAAAACUUCCCUAAAUAGGGCUGCCUUCAGAUGUCUUCUAAAAGUCAGAUAGUUGUUCAUUUCCUUGACAUCUGGUGGGAGGGCAUUCCACAGGGCGGGUGCCACAACUGAGAAAGCCCCUGCCUGGUUCCCUUUAACUUUGCUUCUCGCAGUGAGGGAACUGCCAGAAGGCCCUCGGAGCUGGACCUCAGUGUCCGGGCUGAACGAUGGGGGUGGAGACGCUCCUUAAGGUAUACUGGGCCGAGGCCGUUUAGGGCUUUAAAGGUCAGCACCAACACUUUGAAUUGUGCUCAGAAACAUACUGGGAGCUAAUGCAGGUCUUUCAAGACUGGUGUUAUAUGGUCUCGGUGGCCGCUCCCAGCCACCAGCCUAGCUGCCGCAUUCUGGAUUAGUUGUAGUUUCUGGGUCACCUUCAAAGGUAGCCCCACGUAGAGCGCAUUGCAGUAGUCCAAGCGGGAGAUGACUGGAGCACGUACCACUCUGGCGAGACAGUCCGCGGGCAGAUAGGGUCUCAGCCUGCAUACCAGAUGGAGCUGGUAGACAGCUGCCCUGGACACAGCUGUGAGUCCAGCUGCCCUGGACACAGCUGUGAGUCCAAAAUGACUCCCAGGCUGCGGACCUGGUCCUUCAGGGGUGCAGUUACCCCAUUCUGGACCAGGGAGUCCUCCACACCUGCCCACCUCUUGUCCUCACAAAACAGUAUUUCUGUCUUGUCAGGAUUCAACCUCAUCUGUUAGCCACCAUCCUCCAACCGCCUCCAGACACUCACACAGGACCUUCACCGCCUUCAGUGGUUCUGAUUUGAAAGAGAGGUGGAGCUGGGUAUCACCUGCAUACUGAUGAACACCUAUCUGGAAGGCAUCCAUUCAGAAUUCAUGUUUGUUGUGUAGUCAGUGCAAUCUAUGACAGUGUGCAGGGAAGAUGGUGGUUGUGUGCUGAUGCACUGGUCAGUAUCAUGAAAGAAAUACUCAUUGAGUUCUAGACAAUGGAGAAAACCCUCUUAAGUUACCACAGAAUUGCACCAUAGGUGUAGAUUAAGUAAGGCAGAAGGGCAGGUCCCCAUGAAAGAAAGGCUCUUCUGCCUGUGUGGCUGGACAGAUUCACAAUAUUGCUAGCUGAGUUCAGGGUGUUGUUUGAUGUGUGAAAUAGUUAUUGCCCAUUAGCUUUCAGAGUAAUGGAGGCGAGCUGACCAAGCGAGAUGCUUAUCAUUCCUCUUACUAAAAUUACAGCAAGAGCAGCUACCACCUCAACUGGCAGUGUGGACUGAAUCAGUGCUGUCUAAGACCUUGGCAGCAACUGUAAACAAGAGAAACGAAACAGGGCACAGUCGAGAAAAUGUGUCGAAAGAGAAGGAAGAGAUGAACAACUUCUCAAAAAUAGCUCUUAACCUCUCCACUAGUCUAACAUAGGCAGCCUCUUUUGAUUUUGGUGCAAGCUUGAAACUAAGUUGCAAAAUAGCAUACAGCUCUUUGGACCUCAAGAUUUGCUACCUUUCUUCAGCCUCCCUCACCUUGUCUCCCUGGUCCAUCGUCCUUCAUCUCCCUGUUUUCCCUGCUCUUUUCCACCCUAACAAGACUACUUUGGUUCGUGUUUUUGACUCCAUUUCCCACGUUGCACUGCUCCAUCCUCCACUUCCUCCCACCGCUGAGCUACCUGCCAUUGCUUCCUUAUUAGAUGGAUGACCCCCCCCCCAUGCUGUCUGUCUACCUGUAGGUGGAGGAAAGGGAAAAGGGAGACUCUGUUGAGGCAACAGGAUCCUCCAUGCAUGGGUGCUGUGCUCAUGGUGGACCGGAUCAUGCCCAUAAUAUCUAUCGAAAUGUCUGUUCACGAAACAAGAGCACCUCUUCAGUGACAUAAUACAUGUCCAAUGUUUGGGAGAAAAUACCCACAUUUUGCUUUUUAUUUAUCUAUUCUAGGUUAGAUAUCGACAAGGGUAUUUCACAUCUUAAAAAAAAUGCCUUGCACUUAUGGCCUGGAUAUGUUUAAGGCUGACAGUAGCUGCUGAAGUUUCAUCAUUUUAAAGAGAGUUUUUAAAAAAUGCAGGGGCUGGGAGGUAGAUAUUUAUUAUAAAGCAGUGCAAGGCAGCAGGCUGUAGGGCAGCACGUGGAACCAAUAAAGGUCCAAUUACAAAACCUUUGCUUCUAGCCACACUUUUCACUUAUGUAAGUUAUUGAUUAUACUUUCAUGAGAUCAUAAUCAAAAGGUUGUUCUUUGGUAAUGGUGUGCUAGAGGAGUUUUAUCCCAAACUUCAAAGCUGUCUUCUGAGCCUUAAGAACAAAGGCCUCCCUAGUUUGAAGCAUGGCCAAAAUGACCUUGCAUGUUCAAUUCGUGCUUCCUACCAUUCAAAGGGUUUGGGGCUCCUCUCCAUCGGCUGUGAACUCUUCUCUCAUCACAUCAGGUAAACUUCUGCCUCUGACAGAUGAAAAUCUUUAAGUAUACAUUUUUAAUUUACAGCGAUGCCACUCGGAAACCUGUAUAUUUACACACGGUUCUAAAGACGUGUUUAUUUAUUUUGCCCCAAAGGCCCGUUCCCUUUAAUCUUGCAAAUGAAAAGAAAAUUGCAGCAGGCUUGACAUGAUUUGUUUUUCUCCACAGCAGAGAAAAAGUAUAAAUAAAUAGGUGAGAAUCCAUCUUUUGGGUUUUGCACAUCAUCUUCUUCAAGUAACAUUGCUGGCUUAAGGCUACAAUCCUUAAGGCUAUAUUUGCCUGGGAGUAAGCCCUGUGGUAAUAAAUGGGAUUCACAACUGAGUAGACAGGCAUGUGCUUGUUUAGUAAUAAACUACUUCCCAGCUGCAAUCCCCCAAUAUGAUCUCUCCUGCCUUUCAGAAUAAAAUCUCUAUGUGUAUUUUUGUUCUUCAAAAUAAAACUGCAAUUUGGUACGCUCCCAGAAAAAAAAUGUUCUGUGUGCCUAUGAGUCUGUCCUUUCCCUCUUUACUGUUUUAUUGGCACACCUAGUCGGAAGAAAAUCUGGAAUGUGCAAAAGAAGUGAUAGUUUAAUUGUGUGUGAGAAACCUUGAAACUUUGAUGGAGGAGGCAACUCCUUUAUUUUUCAAGGGCCAUAGCUCCGGGACUGACAAUCUGCUUUGCAAGCAGAAGAUUCCAGGUCCAAGUCCCGGCAACUCCAGGUAGGAGUUGGGGAAAUCCUGUUGGGAAACCCUCCAGAGAUGCCACCAGUCAGUGCAGACGCUGCUUUGCUAAUGGUCUAACUCAUUAUAAGGCAGCUUCCGAUGUUCCUCUAUCUUAAGAAUUGUGUAGAAUGAAAACUCUGUGAGGCAGCCUUCAAUACUACUGCCUUCAAUACUACUGUGAUAUCAGCAGGCAUGGCACUAAUUCCCAACAAUAUCUCAAACCUGCUUGUAGACAUCCGUAGACACACUCCCAAUUGGCCUGAAAGGAACAACAAGUGGCUGUGGGUAUAUCCAGAAAACAGCAUCUCCUGAUUUGCAGUACGGGCCUCUCAGGUGGAAAGAAUCUACUGGCCAUAGUCUGGAGCAGGAAGAUCCUUGCACCAUUCCUCUUACAGCUGGGUAACAAUAGCCACAAGCGUGGAAUAAAGCAAUUGCUGAGCUAACCCCCUAGCCCAAGCUACAGAGGUGGGCAAACUUUUUUUCUGUUGAGGGCUGCAUUCCCUUAGGACUACUAGGACUACAGAGACCUGGGUUCAGAUCCCCACUCAGCCUUGAAACUCAUCAUCCUUUUACCCUAGCUCUCAGUGUAACCUACCUCACAGGGUUGUUGUACAGAUAAGCUUGGCAACUUAGGAUGAGUCCCACGGCUCUCCCUUAAGAAUGACUCAGCCUGGAUCUUCGCCUAUUUUAUAUUGGGAUUCCCAGCUACCUUCCAAAAUGCGACAGCAGAAUUACACAGUGGAAAGCAGCGCUAAGAUGGAGAGGCGAGCAGAGAGCUGCUGGUUUGACUCACCAAUUGUUGUUUUCAAACGAUGAAGAACACAUUGUUUUAAUCACAAAGCCCAUUAUAACCUGGGUUUUGAUAUAAUUAAAACAUCAAAGCUGAAACAAUGAGAAACAGACAGUACGGCCGUAGCUCUGAUGCCAUGGCUUCAUAGGGAUCUACAGGAAACAAAACAAUUAUUUUUCUUCUGAGCAGACUAUUUUGUUUUUAAAACAAGUGUUCAUAAACAAAGUUGUACAGACCAUUUGGAUAGUUUGCUUAUUCCACAUUGCAUGGAAAAACUGCAUGCCUUUUAUUAAAACCUACCCUGAAAUUUAGCUGUAGUUUUCACCUCUUAUCUCCUGUUUUGCUACCUUCCUAUUCUGCACUGUAUUUCUCUCAAAUGUCCUUUACUGAGUGGAGCAUUCUGCCUCCAUUAGGCAAAUUUUCACUUGCUUACCAAGUACCAAAAAGUUUAAGGGCUUCAGUGCUACACAGAGGGGGAAAAGAGUAGAUCUUUUGAGUGAGGGACAAUUGACAGAUUUUAUUUUUCUAUUUCCCUUUUCCACUUCAACGUGUGCCAAUUUUUCUGUAUAGUUUUUUAAAUCCCUCUGCAGUUUGCUUGCCAACUAUUCACCAGAUAUUGAAUACCUGGUAUUUCAAUAAAUGAUGAUUAUACUUAGAGCAGACCUAUUGAAAUCGGUGGACUUCAGCCAUUCUGAGCAUGACUUAGUGGAACAUCACCCAGUAUUUAAUAUCUGAUGGUUGAAAUUCAACAGUACUUAAUAGGUGGCAUGUAACGCUGUGGGUUAAACCACAGAGCCUAGGACUUGCCAAUCAGAAGGUCGGCAGUUUGAAUCCCCACGAUGGGGUUAGCUCCCGUUGCUCAGUCCCUGCUCUGCCAACCUAGCAGUUCGAAAGCACAUCAAAGUGCAAGUAGAUAAAUAGGUACCGCACCGGCGGGAAGGUAAACGGCGUUUCCGUUCGCUGCUCUGGUUCGCCAGAAGUGGCUUAGUCAUGCUGGCCACAUGCUGGCCGGAAGCUGUACACACCCUUGGCCAAUAAAGCGAGAUGAGUGCUGCAACCCCAGAGUUGGCCACGACUGGACCUACUGGUCAGGGGGUCCCUUUACUUUUACCUAGUGACAUUUUCAGUGCAAUCCACCCACCAGCCAGGAAGCAGAGGGGCUUAAGAGACUGAGGGUCCACCAUUGUGUCUGUAGACUCAUGCCAGCUGGGGCAGAAGGCAGGGAUGGGUAAAUCAGUCGGGAGCUAUGCAGCAGGGCCAAAAUUGGGUCCAAAGCCAUCCAAUGAUGCCAGUGGGACCAGCUUAGAAUCCAGCAGACCUCAAGCAGACUCAACCUUACCCCCAGAAUGUCCUGUUUAGAUGUGUAUUGCCAGCAGCAGGGACCCCAUUAGCAGCAUUUCUUCCCACCCAACAUUUGGUGGAAUAGGAGCUCUGGGGCAGCGUAGCUUCAUGGGUAGAAGCCUGCAGGGCUGCACAGAGGGACACCUUUACCAGAGUGCCACACCAAACAAUGAGCUUUCCCUGCUUCCCCCUCAUUUCUGAACUCCUGCGUUAACAUUUGCCCUUGUUUUCUUUCUCGACCACCUGGUUCCUAGAAAUAUGCUAUAGGGACACAAGUGGCGCUGUGGUCUAAACCACUGAGCCUCUUGGGCUUGCCAAUUAGAAGGUCAGCGGUUCGAAUCCCCAUGACAGGGUGAGUUCCCAUUGCUCAGUCCCAGCUCCUGCCAACCUAGCAGUUCGAAAGCAUACCAGUACGAGUAGAUAAAUAGAUACCACUGUGGUGGGAAGGUAAACAGUGUUUCCGUGCGCUUUGGUUUCCAUCACGGUGUUCCGUUGCGCCAGAAGCGGUUUAGUCAUGCUGGCCACAUGAGCCAGAAAGCUAUCUGUGGACAAACGCUGGCUCCCUCAGCCUGAAAGCAAGAUGAGCGCCGCAACCCCAUAGUCGCUUUUGACUGGAGUUAACCGUCGAGGGGUCCUCUACUUUUACCUUUACCUUAGAAAUAUACUUUGCCCCUUCUGUGCCCCACCCCGUUUUAUUCUGGUGCUGCUACUGCCCAGCACAAGGGAUUUGGAUUGCAGCCUCUGACAGUUGUCAGCUUAUCAGAUUUCUUAUUUGAUCCCUACCAAAAUAACAACAAUGAAGGGUGAAUGAAAAAAAAUCUUUUUUUGAGGAAGGAAAUGUCUCGUUAAAAUUUCGAAGUACUUUAUUCAAUAUAUGAAUGGCAAUAUGACAUUCUGGGGAUGGGGAUGGGGAGGUCUGAGUCUGCCUGGGAUCUGCUGGAUUCUGAGGUGGCCCCACUGGCAUCAUUGGAUGGCUUGGGACCCGAUUUGGGCCCUGUUGCACAGCUCCUGAAUGGUUUACCUGUCCCUGCCUUCUGCCCCAGCUGGCAUGGGGCUACAGAUGCAGGGGUGGACCCCUCAGUCUCUUAAGACCCUUCAAGUAUCUGUUUCAGAUCUACCAAAAACAACAACAACUGAGGAUUGAUAUCUCCACUGACAUUACAAGUUCACUUAACAAAACAUUCAUGACCAACAUGACUAACUUAGGUUUGUUGAUUUCAAAGGGUCUAGUCUGGGAAGGACUUGGCUGAAUAUAAUUUGUGAUGAACAAAGUAGUUUCCUUCGCAUAAGUGUUCUUCUGUUCCUUUGUACUCUUACUUUAAAUGGUGUGAUUUAAAAAAAAAACACAAUACAGUAGAAAUGCAAAAAAAUAAAUAAAUUACAAUAUCUGUAAAUAGCCAAAAAUCCAAUCCAAUGUUCAAUCUCCAGUUCUAUUACUCAUGUUCAAUCUCCAAUUCUAUUACUCAGAGGUAAGUCUUCCUAUGUUCAUUGGAGCUUACUCGCUGAUACAUACGAUUGCAAGCAUUAGUUGUAUUGUUCGCCUUAGACGAACAUGAAGAACAAAUAGCCCGAUGUGAUAAAAAUUAACCUCUCUUAUACAUUCAUUUUCUUGCAGGCUGAAUACUUUUAUGAAUUCCUGUCCUUGCGCUCAUUGGAUAAAGGCAUAAUGGCUGACCCAACUGUGAACAUCCCUCUGCUGGGAACAAUACCUCACCAGGCAUCAGGUUUGUGGAUCUGUCUGCAUUUAUGAGUUCAAAGAUGGGGGAGUUGCAAGGAAAUACCAUAUUUACUUAAAUCUAAUGCACCAUCAAAUCUAACGCGCACCCUAAUUUGGCCAAAAAAGGUGUGCAUUACAUUCGAGUAAAUAUGGUAAUUUUACGGUUCAUAAUGAAUAAAAAAUAAUAUUAUAGUACAAACUGAUCUGUAAGGGGAAAGGUUUGCCAUAAUGCUGAAUAUUUAUUCUGUAUAAAUAAUAUGUGAUCAAGAGAAUGUAACUUCGCCUGUGAAAUAGCUAAUGAAUAGCAUCUUUUAUGUAUUUUCUCUGUACAAGCUAACCUUGUUAGUAUUGCUAAUGGCUGCAGUCUAGCAAAAGCCAACCCAAAGUGCAAAGCAUAAAAUAUAUGUAUGUUAAAUGUGACUCCUACUCUCAAUGCUUACAAAGGCGUUACUAUUAUAAGAUUUCGGCAUCUCCGUAGCAGUAGCCAAAUAACAGUUGGUGGUUCCAGUCAGCGGACAUGAACGAUGACGGGAGCAAAAUGGUUUUCAAGGUGGUUUCUAUCCACUUUACUGAUGUACCAGACUGGAAAGGGUGUGUGUGUGUUUCAAAAUUAGAGAUUAAGUAUUUAAUUGCCAGGUGGCAAAGACCUCAAACUAUAAAAAGGCAGUAACGAGUAAACUUUGGCAACCAAUAAGGUUCUUCAUGGGCCCGGGGGGGAGGGGGGGAGGGGAGAGAAGUGCUCAAGGGAAAAGUUUAGUUUUCUUACUGUAUAGUAUUUUUGUAAGAAAAACAAAUGGACACACUGACAACAGCAGGCAGAGCAAGUGAAUGAAGGGAAAUACACACGAACAGACAUAAUUUUAUUUGCAUGCCAUCUUUCCCCAGUUCAAACCAGUGCCAGAUAUACGUAUAAGCUAAACAAGCUAUAGCUUAGGGCCCCAUUCUCUUGGCCCCCCCCAAAAAAAAAUUAAAGAAAAAAACCUGGAUGUACAUUUCCAAAAUAUAAGAUAAAAAACCUACAUACAGCAACAGUAUUUUGUGUUGUGUAGGCUCCUAUUUGUUAUGUGCAAAUGGCUUUAGAAAACCUAUUAGGUCCAUAAAUUACCUAAUAGCAUAUAUUCAACACAAAAAACAGCGACAAUUUGUUGUUGACAAAGGACAGCUGAACAUAUAAAGGGCCCCAUCACCUUCAAUAGCUUAAACUAAAACCAGCCCUGGUUCAUACCAUGCUCAAGGCGGCUUAGAACAUGAAUAAAAUACGUAACUACAACAAAACGAAAGGAGUCAUAAACAAUGAAUAAAACAUUUUUUUAAAAUUACACAACCAAAUUGAACAAUUUCCACAUAAUUCACAACAAGAUCUAAAAUGAAAUACAAAGAUACAGCAGCAAUACUAGUGAGGCACAUAACCUGCAGACUGCACUAGUGCAAUACGGCCUAUGCUUCUGCAAAGUUGCCAUGCGCAGAGGCUACAAUGCGUCUUGUACUGAGGCCAAAAGUGUAUCUGCAAUGGAGACAACCCACAUCUCGAAUCUCAUAUGUUGCAGCUGCUACAUAGAAUUGUUGCCCCCUCAGGAGGAAUCUGGCAGGUUCCCACUUGGUGGCCACCCCACAAGGGCUGAUUCACACAUACAUGUUUAUCGCUUAAAACAUGCAUCACUCCAUGAUUUAUAUCACUUAAUGGCUCUCAGCUGAACGUGGGAACUGUCUCCAGUUGCAAAUCUUUGUGUCUGGGAUUCUGGGAAAGGUCUGUGUCUGGUGUCGGAUCUGCCAGAGCCCUUUCCCAACGUGCAAGCCAUUAACUUGGCGUUGCAACCAUUGCAUGCAUCCAUACAGUGCUGGUUUGUUUGUGUAGACUGCACGCUUUCCCCAAAAUUGCAAGUUAUCGAGAGAGAUACAUAUGGGAAAGGUCGUUUGCCAUUGCUGCAUCUGCCCCCGCAAGCUUGUUUGUGUCAGAUGAUCUGAUAGCUUGGUAACUGCAAAAGCUCUUGAACUUUUGCUGUCAAAGUUAUCUCAUGUUCCACAUCUGAAAGGGAUGAAAGAAGGAGCGAGCGAGCUUCAGGCCUGCAGAGCAGCAAAAUCACGGAGCUGUGAAACACGAUUUCCCAUGCAAAUCGGGCAAGACUUGUGGAAGGAUCAGGUUUUGUGCGUUCUGAAGUUGCUUCAGCAACUGACCAUUUUGGAAUGCUGAAGCCCAGUGCUCAGUCUCAGCUCUCUUCCUCAUCCAGUCUUGGAAAGGGGUUCCUUGUUCCUCUCCUUUUGGGAGGUCUGAAUGGAAUGAAAGUAGGCUCGCUAUAAUUGUAGUUCUGGUGACUUGAGUUCCAAGACUGCUUUGGAGAUGUAGACUUUGUUUCCAUAUGGCGAGCAUGUGCAGACAUACAAAUAUACUUACAGGCUGCACUGAAUAAUAAGCGCCCACUAAGUUAAUACAUAUGGUUUGCAGUAGUAUUAUUCAGUAAGCUGAGUUUGAAAUGUAUGUGUGUGCAUCAACAUGAUACAUUAGUAAUUCAGGUCUCAGUGGAGCCGGUUAUUCUGAAACACUGCAGCUCAGCAAAUAACGUUUUCUGUGGCCUGUGAGUGGGAAAGAAACACCCAAGAAUUUGACAGCUAUGACCACUUUACCUCAUGGCUCCUUUGAGCCAAAUAAAAGUAUGACAUGGAACUGAUACAAAAUGGCAUCUAUAAUGAAGAACGGUUUAUGUUUCGUAUGAUGAUGCUAUUGUGUCUGUUUGCGAUUAGUAUUUGUUUGCAGAAACAGUGAGCUAAUCACCCCCCCAAAAAAAUAGAUUGGUGUUUACUAGCAGAAUAUCUUUAUUAGUAGAGUAUUUUGCAGUAAAAUCCUCAAAAUGUGCUGUAAGGAGGGAGGGGAACCUAAUAGGUGCAGUUCCAAAAAGCAUCAAUGAGAAGCUGGUCAUAAAGAAAGCAGAUAAAUGUCACUAUUAAUCUCAAGCAGCGUUCAAAUGAAACAACCACAAAACAGCAUUCCAAGGCUUUGGGGUUACCAGGCUUUUCUCCUCAUUAAAAUACUCCAGAUUUACUGCCUUCCAUUGGCUCUUUGUAGUUAAAAGAAAGUUUGCAUUAAAGGCAGCCAUCCCCAUCUAUUUGUUGCAUUUAGAACACUUAACACCUUUGGUUUAAACCGGUAUCUUUUAUAGUUUUUCUCUCCAAUUCCUUGGGGAAAUGACAGAACUAUCGCUUAACGUAGCCAUUUUUUUGCUAAAAGAUAUGAGUACAAAUAGAAACAUUUAGACUUCACCGGUGCUUCUUCUCUGUUAACAUUGUGGAAGUUCCCUCACUGCGAGAAGUGAGGUUGCAGGGAACCAGGCAGAGGGCCUUCUUGGUAGUGGCACCCGCCAUGUGGAAUUCUCUCCCAUCAGAUGUCGAGGAAAUAAACAACUAUCUGACUUUUAGUAGACAUCUGAAGGCAGCCCUGUUUAGAGAAGUUUUUAAUGUUUGAAGUUUUAUUCUGUUUUUAGUGUUUUGUUGGGAGCUGCCCAGAGUGGGUGGGGUAUAAAUAAUAAAAUUGUUAUUGUUGUUGUUGUUACAUUGAGAUUUUUCCAUGAUGCAACCCAGGGCAUCAUGCAAAGGAUUUCUAGGCUGUGUACCAUCCUGGUGUCAGACCUGCUUAGUUUCAGCGCUUAGUUAGACUGGCACGCAUCCCAGGGGUAUGGCACGCUGCCUGUGGGGGCGUGGCGCCCAGCACGGGUGGGGGGGCAGCCACAAUGGCACCCCACCAGGAUCGCGCUGCCGGGGGCGGUGUGCUCCCCCUGCACUCCUCUUCUACUGCCAGUGGCUGCAUCCUGCAUCUUCAAACCAUUGCCCUGCAACCAACUAAAGUUGCAAACUUCAAUGGGAAUAUAUUCCACUGAACUCAAUGGAACCUUCUUCUGAUACGUAUAGGACUGUACUUUAGAAAAUAUCUAUAUCCACGUGUGACAGAGCUGCCUGCUUAUCCAGGGACAUAGGAGGGAUCUUAUGUUGCAGCCCUGACCAAUUCUCUUUAAGCAUCACUCAGAGCAAAAGAAAAUGAUCUGUCAGCCACAGCCAAAGACAAGUCCCGGCUGCAAACAAGAUUGGAAAUGUCCCGACAUGGAAAGCUAAGAUCAUUCACUCAAUGAGUGCAGAGUGUGAAGAAUUUUGUCAGUGUUGUUGAAAAUGUUAUUUUAAAAAGGAGACUUGACCGGUCCAUUUCUUUAUUUUAAGAAUGGGAAUAUGAACUCAGAAUAAUUUAACGGUGGGCAGCAAGAAUCCCGUUAUCCAGUUAUAGGGUUACCCUAUUGAUUGUAGCUUCCAAGGUUUGCUCACACUGGUGCACAAGGCAGUCAUAAGAACACAAGGAAAGCCCUCCUUGAUCAGACCGAUACCUGUUUCUGACACUGGUUAGGUGUGCAUAAGCAGCAUGUAGGUGUCACAAAAACAGUGCUUAAAAGCAGUGCCACUACCCUCACAUGCCUUGUUGAUAACUGACAUCCCUUGGCACAAUUAGAUGGGGGAUGGACGACGACAAAAGUUCCAUGAACUGUGUAGAUGCAGCUUGUUUGACUCAAAAAUCACCAUGGUACCACAGUGCAUUGGACAAGAUAAUUGAAUCAUUAGCACCUAUUGUAGCACUUUUGCAAUAUGAUCAGCUGUUUAUUCAUAGUACUUGUUUUGCUUAUUUAUCAGUAGAUUAUCAUUGGUGUGGAAUGUCUUUUUUAAAAAUUCCCAGAUUUCACAGAUAAUCAGUAAGACCGUCUUUUAUUUUCUUUGCACUUUGUCCCCUGCCCUUUUUUUUAGUUGUCCAGGUUGGAUUUCCCUGCCUUGGGAAACAAGAUGGCGUGGCGGCAUUUGAGGUGACGGUCAUUAUCAUGAAUUCGGAAGGCAAUACCAUACUCCAAACGCCACAGAACGCCAUCUUCUUUAAAACAUGUCAGCAAGGUAACCAGAACCUGCCCUUGGAAGGGAAGUUUGUCAGUCUUGUCAUUGUCCUCACACAUCUGGGGAAUAGCGGGUCACAUUUGUCAGACCAGAAACAACCUUAGACGCAAUUUCUACUAUGAAUACAGAUGAGGAUGAGAGGUUUUUGGGGGAGGGUUACAGGGAUGAGGGAGGGAAGGGGGAAAGUUCCUCAGUUCUACAAUUCUACGGUCUUUAGGAGGGCAUCUCAGGAGGUCAGGGGCAGCCAGAGGCUUAAUAGGAAGGUGCCUCCACUCCACCCCUCCCCCAAAGGCAGCAGUGGGUUCCAGCAACAUCUAGUGAGAUUUUGGUGAAAUCUCGCCAGAAGCUGCUGCCGCCGCUGCUACCACCACUUCUCCUCACCACUGGAGAUGGUGGAGAAGCUGUGGUACCUUCAGGGGCACUGCCUCUCAGUGUUACACCACUUGAGGUGGCUGCCUCAGUUCACCUCAUGGGCAGGUGGGCCCCGCCGGAACAAUAGGAUAGAUCAGACCCCCCUCUUUGAGAGUAAUCUGACUUUGUAGAUCCUAUUCCAUGGAAACAUCUCAGGCUCUAGCAGAGGCAAAUUUAGGGAAGUGCAACCAGUUCACCCACACGGGGCACCAAGCUGAGAGGGUUGCCACAGGAGGUGCCACAGCAAUGACUUAGAGCAGAAGAUGAGAAGCAGGGGGCACCCGAAUUUUGGUCUCACACAGUUUGAAAUCCCACCACUGGCCCUAGCCUCAUCAAUAUCUGAACUCCUACAUUGGUGGGGCAAAAAGGGAAUGGAUCAGGGCAUUCCAAUGUGAGGAGAAUUAUUAAAGGGAAAAUAAAAGCCGGGGAAAGGGAUUUUUUUUGAUAACACUACUCUCCUUUCACUUCUACCCUGUCAAAGAGCCCAGCAGGGUGUUGGGUGUGGCAGCUCAUUUGCCUUCAGUUCUCCUCCUUUAGGAUUGCUGCCUCAGAAUCCGAGCCUGUGAAUAUCUAGUUUUCUUGUACAUUUUAUUUGAGCAUCUCAGUCAAUGUAUACUACCAAAAUGUCCAUCAUUCGGACACUGGGAUUAACUUUCUGGGCAUUUCCCACUGUUCCAUCUCCAGCAGACUACGAUGCUCUUACCUCAGACUAUAAUCAGACUGUUCACACAACACAUAUUCAAUUCAUCCAAUAAUUAUUACCAUCUUCUUUGAAGCUGAAUGUCCUGGAGGAUGCAGGAACGGCGGGUUUUGCAAUGAAAGGCAUGUAUGCGAAUGUCCAGAUGGAUUUUAUGGUCCUCACUGCGAAAAAGGUAAUCGAAAGGCUUCAAUUAUUUCAUGGGCUUUUAUUUACACUGCGAGAACAGCCAAGCAGUCGCUGCCUUUCAAAAUAUUGUUUUGUAGAGAUUUUCAGAUGUGGCUUAGGCCGCUUCCAAAAAUUAAAUCUAAACGCAUAAGAAAAAUAUUUUACGAGCUGUGGCUUCUCAGAAAACAUAGAUUGUUUACACAAAAAGAUAAAGAAGUCUCCACUGAAUGGUUUAAAGGACGGAACAGGACUGACCAACAACUGAAUGAGCGUCCAUCUGGCAAAACAUUAAGUAAAAGGCUGUUGCUAAUGAACACUAGCUGUAAAAGUACCACAGUUAUUUUACUCAGCUAUUGUUACUGAAGAGAAUGUCCCAAUUUGAUCAUGAAAGCGUCUCCAUCUGUGCAGAGGAACAGCCUGCCGGGGAGAGAGAGUGCAAUAGCCUUGCCUCCUUUCCAGCAGGCCCUGUUAGCCAGAAUCAGUUCGGAUUUCCUCAGAUCUGUGCCUUGUAAAUCCCUGCCUGUAAUUUGUCCCUGUUUUGCUUUUGGCAGGCAUUUCUGGGUAUCUCGAUAUUUAUUUAUUUUAGGUGAAGCACUCAUGCACCUAGAGUUAUUCUUCCAUCGUUAUUAGAAGUUGAAGUGGUUUGCCUUUGAGACUGUAAGCAGGGUGUAAAUAUGUAAAUGAAAUGGAAAUGAAAAGGUUAACCAGGCGCAGGCCCAUGUCACUAUAGACUCAGGGCAACCUGGCUGGACCCACAUAUUCCCUCACACAUUAUUUACAUGCCAGAAGGGGGAGGUAGAAUCACAACUACUACACUUGCCCCAAACCUGCCCACACUCACUGACCAUGAUUCCCAGCAACUAUAGGGAAUAAUCGAAUGGUAGAGUUGGAAGGGGCCCAGGAAUCAUAGCUAAAAAUCCCAGAUAGGUGGUCUUUGUGAUGAUAAUGAGAAAGGUCUCCUCUUCACAGCCCAUUGGUAUCUAUGCAGUGGGGGCCCGGUAGUCUCUCCUGCCAUUUCGCGCAUUCAGCGAAUGCCUGGGUGUGGUUGUGUUUAGGCACAAGGAUGAGCAAAUUUACACAACCCGCAAGUGUCCGGGGGGGGGAGGAAUGGGAGGUUGUGUUUCUCUCUCACAAGGGAACAGCAGCCAUUUGGGGAGCUGUGAUCUUGCUCAAUUUCACGGUGCAAUUUCCCCCAUGAAAAAGUGCUUUUGGGUGGGCUGUGAUCUCGUGCAGCAUCCUAAAAUGCAUGUUUUGCGGCUCUGUGCCCCCCCCAAAAAAACACAAAUUGUGGUGCGAAAUCAUGGCUCCCUAAAUGUCCGGCGAGGAAAAUGAGAAGGUGUUAUCCAGGAAGAUGGUGUACCAGAUUUUGCUGUCGUGGUGUUGGAGAAUAUGAAUUUACCAGUUUACUAUAUCCAAUGCAGUGCUAAGUUAGAGGCAAUUAGUGGUAUACUUGUUCCUCUGGUGAAAGGUUUUGUGCCUGCAGGACAUAGUCACACAAUAAAAUGCACAAGCAGGUUGAGAGUAACUUGGUUGCACGGUAAACGGUGCCAUCUGUUGAGCAAUGAGUUUCCGCUGGCAAACUUGCUGCAUUGGAUUCCCCUAUGGAGCGACAUUAAAACUCACCUGUUAGCCUUCGCGUUAGCGAGCAGCUAACAUUGGAUAUAGCCCAUAGUUUUCUUCCAUGGCAGCAUGAUGCCUAAAAUGCUAUUUACACGACAGCAUACGAAUCAAUAUGGCUACCUCCUCACACACUCACACACAUAAACAAAUUUCUCUACAGCCAACCAAAGACAACCAACCACACCCUAGGUGUUAUGUACUGAAGUUCUCACCCUGGGCCAGCAGGGGGAUACUGUAGAUAGUUUUCACUCAGGUCCAAAUAUGCAAAUAAGGGAUUGAAAGUGACGUUCAGUGAUUGGAUAGUUACAGAAAGUUGUUACAGUUGCGUUCUAGUGGAGCUCUAUAUAAGCAGGCUGGCUGAACCCUUCAGUUCUGUUCUGUUCUGGCCUGUGAAUAAACAAGAGCUGUCUGAAGAAUCACUGUGUCGUCUGAUAUGUUCACCCACAACUUAACACUAGGCUACCCCCAACCUCUCUCACCACCAAGGAAAUAUAACAAGCAAAUAGAAAGAGAACCCACACAAGUGACGCUGACCCCACACGUAUGCUAAGUAGAAAAAAGCAUUGCCACCCCACCCCAAUCACCAUUCCCCGCUUUCCCCCUCUUUUCUUCCCAACCUAAUACUGCAUGCAACACUAAUGUCUCACAACAAACGUAACUGAUCUGUAGAAAACGCAACGUGAAAAAAGCGACAAUGCGUGUAUUUUUGCAAACUAAGAAAUCUUCAAUACAAAUUAAUAUUAUUAUUUUAAAAUGUAAUUUGCAGAGACAGGUGUCUGAAAAUCAAAGCUCAAGGGUUUUAUUACACCCGAUUUCAGGCACCUUCUACUGCUGCUGAAUUCAUUUUGCCUGCAGAAGAGACUCUUAAGGAGUCGUAUGAGUUGCAAGAUAAAAUGUGCUUUAUGCUUUGAAGGUUUUUCCUCUCUGCAUCAGUGCCAACAUCUCACUAUAGUGUUGAUUCUCUCCAUUCAGCUCUGUGCACUCCGCACUGCAUGAAUGGUGGACUCUGCGUCAUGCCUGGAUUGUGUAUUUGCCCACCUGGUUUCUAUGGCAUCAACUGCGACAAAGGUAUGCUUUAAAAAAAGGAUUACAACGAGACCUGUGAGCUUUAACCAUUCACUCAGUAGGCUAAGCCACCAAAGCUUUCACAGCAGAUUUUUAAAAAAAAUUUUCACCUCCAGUUAAUUGGGAGAACUGCAAACAAGAAAAUUUGAGCAGGAAAAGUGAAGAGCAGACAGGACAGCCUAGCUGACAGUCUAGGGACGGGGAGGAAUUUGAUUCAGUUAGCAUUUAAAGGCAGCUCUGCCCAACACACACUUUCUGAAACAAUAUGUGAGCUGGAAACACGGCCAUUUUUCGAAAUCUGUGCUUCUCUGAUUUUAGCGAUACUGUGCUCUAGCCUGGAAAAAAAAUGCAUAUACUGAGAAAAAAUGUGCAUUAAAAUGCAUAUGUUCAUGAAAAUGACAUACAAAAAAUGCAGUAUAGUUGGGGAACAAGAUUGCAUACAAAAAUGUGUAUAUUAGGAGAAAUUCGCAUUAAAAUCCUGCUGAAUUUUCAUGAGGACUUUAAAAGAAAUAAUCUCAAACUGAUGGAGAAACAUGGAGAACUGAAAUUAAGUUUGGAAAAAUGAAAAACUGAGAGAAACCAUAACUGAUUAGCACAUCCUACCCGAGUCUCAGCAAAGCUUAACCUUAGAAUGUGCCCCAAUGAUUCUGGGACAGUUUCAUUUUUCUUGUCGUUUCGCCUUUAGGAUGCCAGCCUCAGCGAAGGCUGAGCACCAUUCCUAGCACCAAAAAUUAUAUUUUCCUGCCAUCACAGUUAUGGCUCUGAUGAACAGUUCGUUCAAGGCUGUCCUUUUAUUGAACAUGGCAGUUUCUUGCAUGUGAAAGAGAUGCUGUACCUCCAAAUCCACAUUUGAGUGCAUUAAAUCAGAGUAUUAUCCUUUCCUUGGGGCUUUGGUUUAAUUGGCUUUUGAAAAGACCCCAAACUUUGUUGCACCUUACCAAAGCUAUCCAUUUCUGGUGGUGAAAGCCUACCUAUCCAGUCUCAUACUUUUGCUUUGUCUUCCCCAGCAAACUGCACAACGACCUGCUUCAAUGGAGGAACAUGUUUUUAUCCAGGAAAAUGUAUUUGUCCUGCAGGACUUGAGGGGGAUCAGUGUGAAAUCAGUGAGUCCUGAUUUUAUGCCAUUUUCAGCAGACUGAAAAGAUUCUUCUUGAGGUUCCUAACUCCCAAAAGAUGGUACAGGCAGCCAAAACGAGCUUUAGGUUUCACAACACUGGGCUGCCUGGUGUCUGGUUUGUUGGUUUAUGGAUGGGUGUUUACUAAGGAUACAGAAGUCAUGGGGUAAGAGCAUAUUGAUAUUGAAUGACCUGGGGAAGAGCAAAGCAGCCAUGAUUCCUUUUCCUGGAGCCCUCACACUCCUGCUAAGCUGUGGUAUAAAUACAAUGUGCAAGCCAGGCCUAUAUUCUGGGUACAAAGUCUAUUGAGUAUGGGAUGUCAGUAUUUGUUGAUCACAGUGGUGGUCCCAUUUGCACCUCAUAGGUAAUAACUGCUGUUAAAUCUGUAAUCAACUCUAAUGGUGCUGUGCCGGAUUUCACUUAAGGCAAUAAAGGCAGUGCUAUCAUCCUUUUUUUUAAAAAUCAUUUCUAGGCAAAUGCCAUCAGCCGUGUAGAAAUGGAGGCAAAUGUACCGGUAAAAAUAAAUGCAAGUGUUCCAAAGGCUACCAAGGAGAUCUCUGUUCAAAGCGUAAGUGCUCAAUCAACUCAACCUUUUCCUAAAAAAGCUUUUGCAGCAGAUUCGGGAUUUUGUAACCUUCAUGCUAAACAGUGGGUAUGCGUUAGUGUGCUGCUGUGGAAGAUCCUAAAACAAAAGGAAACACUUGGUUUCGAUAUUAACUGUAGGUGUCUUAUUGCAGCUGUAUGUGAACCUAGUUGUGGAUCGUAUGGGAUCUGUAUUGAACCUAACACGUGCCAAUGUCGAGAAGGCUGGCAUGGAAGGCACUGCAAUAAAAGUAAGUGGCAUGGACAAAAUAUGACUCUUCGCCUCCAUAACAUAUGCAAUCUGUGUGGUAUGGGUUUAUUGACAUCCUUUCCCCACCAAUCCCAUCGCACAGGGUUGCUACUAGGCAAUGUGUACUCAGAUCCAAGAUGAUUUAGCAGACUCUGGCUGCGCUUAGACAGCACUUAAUCCACCCAUUUCCUUACCUGAUAAUUUCCGCUUUUUAUGUGAGCUUGCAGCGGACCUCUCUCUCUCUCUCUCUCUCUCUCUCUCUCUCUCUCUGGCUAACUAACCUCACAGGUUGUGAGGAUAAAGUGGGAGAAGAUAAAAAUAUAAUAAAUACACUACAGUUUAAACGUUAGUCUCCUGAGAUCAUCUAUUAAGAGCUAUCAUCUAUUAGUUGUCUCAUUGUCUUUUUGUCUUUUUCCUGUGCCAUGCUAAGCAGCCAUAGGGAGGUACCCCUCCACCAUUCAAAGCCCAAUUUUAAGAUUACGUCUUCCUUUACUUUACCAGAAUCCACUCAGGGAAUCAGCUGGUGUUGCUGUCACCAUAUAGAUCAGGAAUAUCCUGCAUGGUACCCUCCAGACAUUGUUGGACUCCGACGCCCAUCAGCCCCUGCCAAAGCUCAGGGGUAAUGGGAGUUAAUCCCAAUAACAAAGAUGGCUACCACAGUUAUAGGGAGUCAUAGGAGCCAACUGAAGGGGCUGGGGCCUCCCAAAGUUGAUGGACUUUGCCAUUCAAAUGGGUGGGGGUGACACACAAUAAUAAUAUAAUAAUAUUAAUUUAUUAUAUAUACCCCGCCUAUCUGGCUGGGCUUCCCCAGCCACUCUGGGCAUCUUCCAACAAAGUAUCAAAAUGCAGUAAUGCAUCAAACAUUAAAAGCUUCCCUAAAGAGGGCUGCCUUCAGAUGUCUUCUAAAAAUCUGGUAGUUGUUGUUCUCUUUGACAUCUGGUGGGAGGGCAUUCCACAGGGCAGGUGCCACUACCGAGGAGGCCCUCUGCCUGGUUCCCUGUAGCUUGGCUUCUCGCAGUGAGGGAACCGCCAGAAGGCCCUUGGCGCUGGACCUCAGUGUCCGGGCAGAAUGAUGGGGGUGAAGAUGCUCCUUCAGGUAUACUGGACCGAGGCCGUUUAGGGCUUUAAAGGUCAGUACCAACACUUUGAAUUGUGCUCGGAAAUGUACUGGGAGCCAGUGUAGGUCUUUCAAGACCGGUGUUAUGUGGUCUCGGCGGCCGCUCCCAGUCGCCAGUCAAGCUGCCACAUUCUGGAUUAGUUGUAGUUUCCGGGUCAUCUUCAAAGGUGCAUUUGUGUAUUGGCAAUAAGUAUCAUGAAACUGAAAUAUGGAAUAGAUGGGAAGUUGGGCCUUUAGUGUUACGACCAGUAUAUGUUAUAUUGUUUGCUAAGAAAAUUAUGUGUCUAUAGUUAUUCCUGUGUGUAAUUUGGCAUUUGUGUUUGUUUCUUUUUUCUUGUUGUAUCAAUAAAAAAUCUUUAAACAAAAAAAACACAAAGGUGCAUUUGAGCGCAUUGCAGUGAUACUCAAUCAUGUGAUUGAUUAUGCAGGGAGGGGCUGACCUGGGGUCCCCCAAUAUUUUAUUCUAAUUGGCACCCCUGUAGAAUAUUGUAUUGGCCCAAAUACAAGCCGCACAAGAAUAUAAGCCGCACCUUUAAAAUUGGAGGGGGGGGGGAGAGAAAAAAGAAAAAUAGCCAAAUGUCAGCCACUCCAUUCCUCUCUGCUCCUGGCUGCAUAUUGAGGGGGGGGGGAGCUGCGCUGUGUUGCCGAUGGCCUUUUCCCUUCUUCACUCUCUCCCUUCCCAGCCUUGGGGGAGAGGACGGGGGCCUACGCACGGGGCAGGCGCUGCUUUGCCGCACUCCUGGCGCUGUUUGCCCCGCGCUCCUGGCUGCAUACCGUAAGGUCGUGAACAUAAGUUGCACUUUAACUUUUCACGGUCAGAAUUUGGGGGGAAAGCGAGGCUUAUAUUCAGGCCAAUGCGGUAAUCAAGCAAAUUGCCUCUUGAUUACUUGUCUGUAGAUUUGUGACCAAGUACUGCAGGGUACAGGGACGCGAGUGGCACUGUGGGUUAAACCACUGAGCCUCUUGGGCUUGCCAAUCAGAAGGUCGGCGGUUUGAAUCCCCGUGACGGGGUGAGCUCCCGUUGCUCGGUCCCUGCUCCUGCCAACCUAGCAGUUCGAAAGCACGUCAAAGUGCAAGUAGAUAAAUAGGUACCGCUCCAGCGGGAAGGUCAACGGCGUUUCCGUGUGCUGCUCUGGUUCACCAGAAGCAGCUUAGUCCUUCUGGCCACAUGACCCGGAAGCUGUACGCCGGCUCCCUCGGACAGUAAAGCGAGAUGAGCACCACAACCCCAGAGUCGGCCACAACUGGACCUAAUGGUCAGGGAUCCCUUUACCUUUACCUUACUGCAGGGUACACAUGUCAACGCAAAUCCAUAAAUAUAACAAGAAAAAUCGCCUUUCGGAAAUAAAUGUUUGUCUCAUGGUAGUACUGUGUGAAGUCCGGCGCAAAGUCCAUAUUGAAAUUUCCAUGUGAAACAUUCACAGUGAAGGGGGGGGCUGCAUUUGUAGUUUCCUCACUCUUGAACUGGGUCGUUUUUCAGGGUACGGAGCCAACCUGACAAAUGGCCUGAGGCCAACAGGCACCAAGCACAGGCAAUACACGCCUUCACCGAAAAGGGCCGAAGAGAAGCAAGCGCCCCCUGAAUCCAAUUAUAUCUGGUGAACUCCAACAUCUGAAACGUUUUAUGUUACACAAAGUUCAUAGCCUUCAUUAACCUUUCAUGUGUUGAAUGUUAAAACGCUGUUCAUUACAUUUUAAGAUUACUGGCCUGAAUUUUACUAGCUUCGUUAUAAACCACUGAGCUGAUAUUUACUAUUCCUUUUAAGUUUUACUUCUCUAGCACAGUUAUAUAGGCUUCUUGUUUUCAGUGCUUUUUGGACCGGUUUCUUUUUUGUACUAUAUUUCAAUUCUUUAUUGACUUGGAGUUUUCCCCCCCCUUUCCUUGUAAGAAAUUCCUCAGAACAAAUUGAUUAUCCAAAAUUGGGGAGAGAUUUUGAAAAUGCUGGCCUGGAACCCACAGUUUUUCCUGGAUUUGUGUCUACAUACCUUAAAAAAACAAAUUUUAAUUUUUUAUUUUGGCACGAUGCAGUCUUACAUGUUCCGUUUAAUAAAGGCAAAAGCUUUUUUUAAUUUAAAGCCAAUUCCCAUUUCUGCAGCAUGCUCUAUUGAAUACGGUGUAGUUGUGGCAUUGAAACAAUAUAAUAUAUUGGAAACAAAGUGGAACUAUGAAGUAUGAGCGCAGUCUUUGCAUCGGCUUAUAGCAAUAUAAUAUAUUGUGUACACAAAACAGCUCUUAUGUAAUAAACAUUUUUAUACUGAUUGUUAUGUAUGAAAUAAAGAUGCUGCUUUAG